CGCAGAGUCACGCUGCUGAAAUCGAAGCCACACGGAUCUCCGCCUGCUGACGACCGCCACUGCGGCCGUUUUUCCGAGCUCCGACCACUCCUUUUGGCUGCUAUCGGCCCUGUCUGCAAUCUUCCUGUGUUGAUUUUCCACCCCGGAUACACCAACGCUGCAAUUAGAAAAUCCAUUUGAGCUAAAAUGGCAAUCUGUCCGAGCCUUACUUCCAUAGAUCUUAUCAGAUUCAACUCUAAUCCAAGAACAAAACAAUCCGGUUUUGCUUCAAGAUCAUCGUCACUUAAAUUCUCCAAGAUCAAAGCCGUGCAAGACAGCGAAGGAGGGCGUAGGCGACUAAUCGACAUCAUUCGCCUUGUGCCGGAUAUUUCAAGGAACUACUUCAAAAGCCCUUCUCGAAGAGCGCUUUUUGGUGGUAUUUCUCUCCUCGGUGGAUUUUAUGUUGCACAAACGAUAUCACUUUCCUUUGGAGCUUUAGGCGUGAACGACGUUAUAGCUGCCGUUGUUUGCGUUCUGCUUACCGAGUAUGCAGAACUGUUUAAUGCUUCAUGGCUAGCUUGAGAUCAAAGUAGUACGUUCGGUUUCUUGUCGCCUACCAACGAUUGCUAGCUCUGUUAUCAAUCGCAAUCUAUCAAAGUUCAUGUUUGCCCCACUGGUUAUGGCUACGACAUUGGUGUUCUUGAGGUUAUAGUAAAGGCAGUAAGCUUCUGCACCAGCAAGGGCAAGACUAUAUUAUCAACCCGAAAGGAUUUCAUACGAGUAGAAUGCAUGCAAACCAAGCGUAACCGCUUUG